AUGCAGUUACGCAUUUAUAUCCUAGCCUGUCUCCUAUUAAAGGGGCUGGCUCGAGCCGAAGAAGUCGAGAUUGUGGAAGCGAUUCCGGGAGAAGAUAAUCGAAACGAAAAUUCAGCACUGAAUCAUCAAGAUAACGAGUUAAUUAAUUCCGAUCAAUUAGCAUUGGAUUCCAUAGCGGAUAAGGAUGCGGGGGGGAACCAUUACAAAUCGGGUGGCCUUCGAGGUCAUCCUCUAUUACCGCCGGGUCGAGGUGCAUUAAGUUUACCGCGUCCGCAUCAUAAUGUCGCUUAUCACGGUCCACCGCCGCCAUUACCGCCUACUAAAGCGCAAUCGGAAGCUAUGGACAAAAUCUAUACCACUGGCGGCGGAGUCAGUACCGCGGUUGGCGUCGAACCUUGGCCAGCGCCAACGCCUGAUAUGCCGAAGAUCGUCUCGCUGGACGUGAAAUGCGAAAAGAGUCUGAUGAAGGUUUAUCUGGGUUUCGAUAAGCCAUUCUACGGCAUAGUCUUUAGUAAAGGCCACUACAGCAACAUUAAUUGUGUACACCUGCCCGCGGGACUUGGUCGCACGUCCGUCAACUUCGAAAUCAGUAUACACGCGUGCGGCACGGCCGGCAAUACGGAGAAUGGACUGUACGGCUACGGCGCCGAGUCCGGAUCCGGGACGUUCUUCGAAAACAUCAUAGUGGUGCAAUACGAUCCUCAAGUGCAGGAGGUCUGGGAUCAGGCGCGCAAACUGCGUUGCACUUGGCACGAUCUGUACGAGAAGUCCGUCACUUUCCGUCCGUUUCCUGUGGACAUGCUGGACGUGGUUCGCGCGGAUUUCGCUGGCGACAAUGUCGGAUGCUGGAUGCAGAUACAAGUUGGCAAGGGACCGUGGGCUUCCGAGGUUUCGGGACUCGUCAAGAUCGGCCAGACCAUGACGAUGGUACUCGCGAUCAAGGAUGACGAUUCCAAGUUCGAUAUGCUCGUGAGAAAUUGCAUGGCUCACGAUGGCAAACGCGCGCCGAUACAACUGGUGGAUCAGCGGGGCUGUAUCACGCGACCUAAAUUGAUGUCCAGAUUCACGAAAAUCAAGAAUUUCGGCGCCUCGGCGUCAGUGCUGUCGUAUGCCCAUUUCCAGGCGUUCAAGUUCCCGGACUCUAUGGAGGUUCACUUCCAGUGCACCAUACAGAUAUGCCGGUACCAGUGUCCGGAACAGUGUUCGGAAUCGUUACCGCUUUUGGAGAGUCAGGGUCUUCUAGAGAACCACCAUCAUCAUUCCCCGACGAAUGAACAUCCUGACGUCGGAUACGGUCUUCCACCUCCGAUCCCGCUGCCGUUAGAGGCCUAUUUACAGGCAGCGGCUGGACGACCCAGAGACGAAAGGAGAAGGAAAUCCCGAGAGAUAGUGCACAAUCCCCAAAAAGCCGUUGGUGUGAAUCGAAUUAUUCGAGUUGUCUCGACCGGUGACCUGACCUUCUCCAUCGACGAGAACAAUAACAGCGAACUGAAUGGACCAACGAUGGUAUUCCCUCAACGUCACGAAAACACUGCCAGCUCGACCAUGAUCUGCAUGACUACUCCUGGAUUCGCGAUUACUCUCAUCGUACUACUCGCCAUUCUACUUUCCUCGUGUGUGUUGUCCGCUUACCUCUUUAUGCGUCUCAGGCCCUUCUCGACGAGGACCAGGAAAUCCACGGCGUUUUCCAACGUUGAACAGAACGGCGCGACGAAGAAAUCUUCGAGAAUAUGCUUCUACUCAUAG